GCUAGCUGUGGCUGUGCGGCGCCGGUUGUUUGGGCCCAGCCAAAGCGAAUUGCUGCGUGGGAAAUACAUUUGGCAUCUAUUUUUCGAUUGUAGUUUCAGAUCCCGGCCCGCUGCUGCUCCCUGAAGCUGUACUCAGCUACUCAGCUGGCAGCUUUUUUCAGGCAGCUAUUCAGCUAUUUUGCUGCACCUCUCGUCGCAGCGAUAACAACGCAUCGCAGCGAUGGCGCUGGACGCGCCGCUCGCGGCGCUCGAGCGCCACUGCGGCCUGGCCCGGGGCCACGGCCGGUUCUUCCUCAACGCGGGCGCGUUCAUUGGGUUGAUGGUCAUAAGCAACGCGCUCGAGGAGGAGUUAUAUACAAAUUUACCAGGCUUCGACUAUUUCAAGGCCGUCGCGUGCCUCGAGCUAGCCACGUUCGCCGCGGCGGCGCUGCUAGCCGAAAGGCGGUCGGGCCUCAAAACGCCGCGCAAGGCGCCGCUCGCGUUCUACGCGGUACUGGGCGCGUCGAUGGCGCUCUCGCAGACCCUGGGCAAGCUCGCGAACAAGUACGUCAACUUUACCGUGUCGACGAUCUUCAAGUGCUCGAAGGCGUUGCCGACGAUGGCCCUGAUGGUCCUCUGCGGCAAGCGGUAUACGCUGGCGAACGUCGCGGCGGCGCUGACGAUGGCGCUGUCGGCGUUCUGCUUCGCCGUCGGCGCGCGCCAGGCCGACGCCGACUUCAACUUCCUGGGCGUGCUGCUGAACGGGCUGUACCUCUUAUUUCAGGCGCUGCAGGUCGCGCUGCAGGACAGCGCGCUGCGGGCCCCUGUGUGGAAAUCAAGAGUGUGUCGGGGGCACCCGAUAAUUCUUCACCAAGUCAUUUCUCGGCGACGACGCGGCAGUGCUGGCAGCCCGUCGACCGGUGAGGAACCAGCAUCGCCACGCCAUCGAUCAGGCGUCACAUCGAUGGCGUGGCCGACGCGAAGAUUCAGCAUGAACGCGCCGUGAAAUUUUGAUGUCCACACAGGCGGGACCACGGCGCCUCGAUCGACGAGACGAUGCUCUACGCGAACGCGAUCGGCCUCGCCGCCCUGGGGUGCUGGGCCCUGGGCGACGGCGAACUGAUCGCGGCCAUAAGCUUCUUCGCGGCGCGGCCGAACGCUGUCCUGUUACUUGCGGCGCGGAACGGGACGUUUUACUUCGCCGUGCGCUACUACACGGCCGUGGUCAAGGACGCGGGCGGCGUCGCCGCGGUGACGGUGGGCAUUGUCCGGAAGAUCCUCACGGUCAUCUGCUCGCUCCUCCUCUUCUCGAAGCCGUGGGCCAACAUCUACGGCGUCGGCGGCCUGCUCUUCGCGGCCGCGCUGGCCCAGGAAAGUCGGAACGCGCGCACGCGGGAGAAGCUCCAGCACUCGCGGUCGUCGAGCGACCUCGCCGACGACGAGGAGAGCCCGCCGCCGCCGGCAGCCUCGCCCGCCCGUCGAUCGCCGCGGAUCGAUGUAUCAAAAUAACUUGAAUGUGUUGUAAGUCGUGC